AAAAACGUCACGUGUGAAAGGAAUUUGUUUUACGCAAAACAGUCAAAAUUUAUUGUGACGUGAAAACCGUUCUGCGAUUCGAAAUCAAAAUUUUAAGUAUUCUAGCUCAAGGAUUUUCUUCUCGACAUGGCGCCAAAACCUGCUGGCAAACGAAAAGUAGAGAUCGAGUAUCCUCCUGUACCUAGAAAGAAAUGGGUACCACCUGAUCAGCGCCCCAAAGAACCAAGGGUUCCAGCUUAUGUUAAACCGAAAGGAUUAAACCAGCCUCUAAAAGUCUCCAGUUUGGUGAAGGUUUGGAACAAAUUCGUACUUUACAGAAACAAGUACGUCUUGGCUGGUUCUUACAGUCAGACUCACAAGAGGUUCAGGCUCAAGACCAACGGGAUGCAAGGAGCCUGCAACUGUAUAGUGGCCUGUGUAAUGUCGAGCAUGUGGAGGAUGGAGCGAUGGAGCACCCACAUAUUGAAUCAGAUACUUGCUGUUGGAGACCACCUUUACGAGAAGAGCAUUAUGAAAAUAGGGGACAAAUCCUUGGGCUCCUUGAGCGUGACCCAAGUGUAUCCCACAUUCUACAUGGGCAGAUACAUGAUAACGUUUCAAAUUGUGGACCCUAGGGAUCCAACGACGGUGGUAGCCUCAGUUGAACAAGACCAGGUUGGCGCCUUGACCUCCACACUGACAGAAUUCCUCGAGAAACACCGGUGCGGUACUAUCAAAAUAGAACAGAAACAUCUGGCGGUGUGGAAAUUCGACAACGCCUUCUUCUUGUUCGAUCCCACCGAACACCAAAGGGACGGGGAGAAAUGGAACGAGCUGCCAUCUACGGGAUUCUCCAUAUGCUUGAGGUUCACCAAGGCUCAGGCAAUGGCCGAGUUCAUCAUUCAGGACAAUUUGAAAGGGAACACCCUGAAGAUGAGCAUUUGGCCUUUGGACCUGGUGAGGUGUCAGAUGAUGUUUCUCAAGGCUCCGGAUAAUCUGGACGAAGUCAGGAGGCUGAACGAGGAAGAAGAGAAGAUGAGAGAGGUUGCCAAAACGUUCCAGACGAGAGAGGCUAAAAGACAAGCCUUGCAGAAGGGGAAGCCAAAGAAAGGGGAAAUUACUCCAACGAAGAAAAAAUCCAAUAAAUCGUUGGAGAACUUGAGGAAGGCUGAAGAGAUCUCGCCAGACUUGGACGUGCAGACUACGAAGAGUCUCACUGCCUUGAAAAAAUUGGAGGAGAAGGCUAAGAUCCCUAUGGAGCCGCAUCUGGGAAAGAGCGUGACCUACUUCACAGUAUUUGACGACGCUAAGAGGGGCAUCAUCCGUGCCACCACUCAUCAAAUGGAUAAGAAGUUCUCAAGAUUCCGCGAUGGCGAACAGAGCCUAUCCCAGGCGGUCGCAGCCUUGGUGAUGAGACGAUGCUACCCAACGCGCUAUUGGAUCAAGAAAUUCGUCAACGACAUCCUGAAACUGGGCGAAACCAUCCACCACAAAUCGCUGAAAGUCAAACGCGAAGGACCUUUCAGUCUGUCGCACAUAGUGGACCAGAUCGUUCAUCCUCCAGGACAGUAUACCCUGGAUUACGAAGAGCUGGCCUUGUUGGGCAAGCUCGAGUCCGAUAAAGAAGGCGUCUUGGAUCUCCUACCGGCCCUGAUGACGUUCCUGAGGACGUACGACUGUUGCGUCAUAAACGGACCCACCGUCUUGGCCGUUUGGUACGAGGAUGAACGUUACUACAUGUACGACCCGAACGAGAGAGACGACAAAGGAAGGAUUAUCGAUAAGAAAAAGACGAACGCCGAGCUAGGGGUAGCUUGCGUCACGUGGUUCUCCGCCCUGAAGGAUUUGGUCAAGUUGUACGUGGAGAAUCUACCCAAGGAACAGAGGAGGAACGACUUCCACCUGAGUAAAGUCAUAGUGGAGGAUUACGUUGGGAAGCCCGAGAAAUGGAACAAUUUCCAAGGUAUCUCCAAGGGUAAGUGGAUACUUCGGGGUACCCUGAGUCAAAGCAGCUACGUAUUUUCCCCGGAAAGCAGGAACACCCAAUGCACGGCCAACGCUGUGAUGUCUGUGGCCUUCCUGAAGAUCAAGGAACAGAAGAAAUGGAGCAAGAAAACCAUCGAUCAAGUUCUCAUGUCAGGAGACGAGUUCUACAGGGCCACCGUGGAUCGUCUCAAAGAAAGCCAGAGUUUCGUCAGUAAGAUGCUGAUGGUGGACGAGUUGAACAGGAACUUCUCCUUCAGCAACAAGGAAGUCGUGUUUGAUAUCAUAGAUUGUUGCGUGAACGGCAUUCUGGGUUAUCCAGACCAUGGAGACGUACUCAACGUCAAAACGGGUCUGAUGAGAUUCUUCGAUGAAUUCGACUUUGGCGUCCUCACCUGUAGGAAUAUCUCUGUUGGAAUUUGGAGAACGGAUGGAGCCUAUUUCUAUUUCGACUCUCACAGCCUCGACGAUAAAGGGAUCAACGCUGGUUACGGUAAAGCUUGCGUUAUGCGAGUACUCACGAUAGACGAUUUGGCCAAAACCAUCGAGACCAACAUGAAACCGGACAAGCUCAGCUUCUUCAACAUCAGCUCCGUAUCCGCCAAACUUCUCGAGGCGGAAGAAGAGGGUGGCACGGUCAGGCUACCCUUGAACAACUUCAAACAGAUGGGGGAUAAUCAAGACAUAGCCAUAUUGGUCUCGAAAUCGAGCUGCAAGAAUAAAAAGUACGAGUUCAACGCUGGCAAGCAGACCGUUCCGAUGUGCGUGGCCGCGCUAGGGAUGAACAGGCUGAGACCUAGCUCCGGAUGGAACGCCGACACCUUGGAGAUCAUCCUGAACAUAGGACACAAGUACUUCGAGGACUGCAUGGCCGAAUACGAGGCGAGCACCGAGGUGGUCGAGGAGGACAAGGGGAUAACGUCCAAGAACCUCGUCAUGCAGUUCAAGAUAGGCCUGAACAAGAUGGAGCUGAAUCUCGAGCAACUGGCCGAGGGUUUCGUCGAGGACGGUCUGGUGCAGACCAUCACCGACUUCUACACCGCCAACGACAAGGUGAACGAUCAGGAUUGUCUGGAGCUGUUGGUCGAGACGGAAAACAUCACCGUGACGGUGUGGAAGGACCAGAACCUCUUCUACGUCUUCGACCCUUAUCCGAGAGACGCCAACGGCCAGGUCAUCGGAAAAGAUGCGUGGAGCGCCAAGGUCGAACAGGGUGACGUGGCGGCCAUCGAAGGUACCGCCGAAGUCAAGCCACCCGAAGAGCCUCCGUCGGAUAAGGCUGGCGCAGGUGACGCCGGCGCCGAAGGGACGAACGAGGAGGAAAAACCGAAGAGACCUAGAUCUAGUGGUGAAGGCGUGUUUGGUGAAGACGAAGCGGAACCGGUUGACGCCGACGCCGAAGGUAAGGCUUGCGUGCUCUUCUUCUACAAACUGGAAGACGUCGUGAAACACAUCCUGGAGAAUACGAGACCGAACAAGCGGUCCAUGAUGCCGUUCACCGUGAACAAGGUUCACCUCAAGAAUAUACCGCUGGUUAAGGAGAUCUACGACAAGGACUACGGCGAGAGAAAGGACAACUAUUCGGGCAACUGGUACAACUUCGUCGAGCUGGAUCAUGGGCAUUGGAUCCUCAGAGGUCAAAUCGAUCUGAAGAACGAGAUGUUCCCGGAGGAUAACAGGGGUAAACAGGAAUACCCGAGCAUCAUUACGGCCUUGGCGUUCGCCAAACUGUACAGCAUGAGCAAGAUGCGACCUCAGCAUCUGACCUCCAUCCUGUGCUACGGCGACCGCCUGCUGACCUACACCAAACGCCUGCGAAAAGAAGCCUUGGCCCAGGACAAGUCGCUGAACCUGCUGGAGGACGAGAUCAAGGCCAUCAUCAAGAACGACAAAUACGACAUCGACGCCUAUCCCAAAUCGUUCAUAAUCGGCGAUUUUAAGGUCACUUGGACCAUCACCAAGGACUUUUUGACGGGCGAUACGACCGCCAAGAAUAACUCGGACGUGUUGGACGUGAAGAGAGCCUUGGAUACGCUCUUCCAAGGUGCCAAUUACGGCGUGAUCGAGUGCAAAGGUUAUUCCGUCGGAGUUUGGAAGGGUAGCACCGUUUUCUACAUGUUCGAUCCUCACAAAACCGGCGUGACCGGAGCCAGGUCCCUCAUCGGUUACCCGUGCAUAACCAGGUAUCUGACGACAGAGCAGCUGGCCAACAUCUUCCUUCAGAACAUACCGAUAGACGGUCUCAACGUCUUCACGGUACACAAGGUGAACGUCACUGAGGAAAAGUACCAGAGGGCCAAGGACGUCAUGGAGCAAGCUGGAACUUCCAAACCAAUGAAGAUGUCCGGCUUCGCGGAGGUCAUCCCCGGCAAGACCAUACUGAGGGGCAGCUACAGCCAGGACGAUCCUAAGUUCGGCAAGGGGGAGAACGUGCUUAGCGCGCCGGUGGCCUACAUCGCCCUCACCAUGUCGCUGAUCCACAAGCCGGAGACGUGGUCCAAGCCCAUCGUGGACGAGGUGAUCAGCGUGGCGGACGAGCUGUUCGAACACACGGUGUGCGAGACGGGGCCGGGGUUCAACCCGUGGGAGGACGCGAUGGACCCGUACACCGUCGCCAAGGAUUACAGGGUGGGCGUGCUGCAGGCCAACCUGCAGAUCAGGAACACCGACCAGACGGGCAUCCUGGACAUCAGAGAUACGGUCGUGUUGAACCUCAGACAAGGUUUGGAACGCUUCUUCCUCGAGAACACCCACGGCAUCAUCUACUCACCUCCCAACAUAUGCCUGGCGGUGUGGGAAGAGGAGAACGACGGUCAUUCCGUCCUCUACAUGUUCGAUCCGAACAAGCGUGGACCUACGGGUCUACCAUCCCCGCACGGCGUCGCCUGCGUCAUGACGUUCGGCUCCCCGAAGAUGCUGACCGAUCACAUCUUGGCCUGCAUCCAAGAUCCCCAGGAGAGGAGGCAGCAUUUCACCAUACUGCCUGUCGAGAUCACCGUGGGACCGUUCAAGACGUCCAAGCAGAAGAGGAAGGGUAAAAUGGCGGAGAGUUGCUGCGACGACAAGCAGAGCGUCAUGAAGAAGCUGGCCCAUCAGAACACGGUUGAGGAGAAGAAGAACGCGAAGAAGAGAGCCAUGCUGCAAAAGAAGAAGGAAGACGCGAAGAAGAGAUACUGGCAGGGAAGAACCUGCUACUUCGAGAUACCCAAAGGUCAGGCCAUCCUCAGGGGAACCCGCUGCCUGACCUCCAGCUGCUACCAGGAGAAGACCCGAGGUCUCCAGGACAUCCCAGUCUGCAUAGUGGCCUUCGUGGCCAACCAGAUCGUGCCAAUCAGCGAAUGGACUUGGAAAGAGGUGGACGCAGUCUUGGACACCGGCGAUCAGCUCUACAUCGACUCGUACAUCGCCUACGGGCCGAGGAACAAGAAACUGGGACUGGAGAACGUGAUCAGGAACAUCUUCAUCAUGAACAACAGGGCUCACGUGACCAUCUACAAGCCGAUCGCAAUCCUGGGAUUCCACGCCAACCAGCUGACGAGGAACUUUGACAAAUGGUUCCUCGACGAGAACUUCUGCAUGCUGAACUACAUGGACCAGUGGGUGGGGGUGUUCUUCAAGAAGGGCUACUACUUCCUGUUCGAUCCCCACGAGAGAGGUGCGACUGGUUGCAGGGCCAAGGAGGAGGGAGCCGCCUGCGUUCUGAGGUUCGAGAGACUCGAGGAUCUGGCGCAGAAGCUGAUCAAUAAUUUGCUGCCCGUCCUGGAGCCUAAUGAAGAGAGGGAGGAGGAGUACGAGCUGGUGUUGGUCAGGUUGGAAGGGGGAGUUUGCCAAUGCUCCUGAGGUCAGUAUAGAUUGGGUG